AUUAACCAGGCUGGGUGGACGGUGAAUAGAUUAUUCAAGAAAGAAUGGAGAACAGAUGGCUAUCUCACCCUGCCGGAGAAGCACAUGCGUGAACAAACAUCCGGGUUCCGCGCUUUCUAUGGCGAUUAUGAAAUGGACGUCAUUGUCGACGGCAAUGUCGUCGAAACGCGUGAGUUCAGCGUUAAGAAGGGCAGCAUUACCGAGAUCAAUGUGGAAAUAAACGAGCCUGAGAAAACGGACAUUAUUAAACGCAGCGCUGGUGUGUUUAGAGAUACCGUCCAACAAUUUGAGGCGGUCUAUGGCUUGAACUAAAUACGAUAAUUCGAUUUACAGUUGAACAAAAUUUGAUAGACUUGUAAAAAAUAUACAUUUUAGUUUAUCAAUUUAACAUUAGAGACUAUUGAACUAAUUGCCACAAAUUGGGUCAUUUGAUAAAGAUAAAUGGUGUUAGGCCUAUCAAUUAGUGUCCAAUAACUUUUUGUUGAUAGAGCAGUCCACAGCCAUUUAGUGAACACCUUGUUAAAAUUAAAAAUAUUAAAUUUGAUUAAAGCUGCAAUUGGAUGUCUGUAAUUAAAACAGCUUGAGGUGAUGUCUAGUAAUCAACUGUGUAGAAGGAAGGCUCUGUUCAGUCAUUCUGUAAAUAUGAAGUAUACGACAUAAUAAUAAAUCUAUACUAAUCUCUUGCAAA